UAUCGCAACACCUUCCUCUAAACGCAUUUCUCCAUCAAUGGCGGCUUCUCGCGUUCUGCUCAGAUCACAAACCCUAAAACCCUCAUAUCUUAUUGAACCCUUUCGAUCACUCUCAACAACCACCACCACCACCACCACCGCCACUUCCGACGUACAAUCGCACGGAAGGCAUCACAGAUCCGUCAACCAUGAGUUCUUACCGCCUAAUGAUUUCCUCAACAGCUGGAAGGCACCAAAAGAUCCGAAGGAGGCAAUACGGAAACUCGCUCUUCUUAGGCGCGAUUACGCGAAGCAGGUGAAAGAAAUUCGCAAGGGAUACAUCCUGGAGAUGGAGCUGUUGAGGCUGGAGAAGCAGCGAAAGGAUGAUGCCCGAAAGGAAGCCUUACGAAUUGCCAAUGAAGAGAGAAAGAAAGAGAAAGCUGCCACAAAGAAAGCGCUGGCGGCUGAAAGAGAGGCUGCUGAUGAACAGCUCCGUCAAACCCUUGAAAAAGAAAGAACAGAGAAGCUUGAUUAUUGGAGGAGUAGAGAAAAGAAAGUGCAAGAAAGGAAGAAGGAGAAGAAAGAACUUCUUCAUAAGCAAAGUUCACUGUGGAUAGAUGAAAGUGAACUGGCUAAGCGAAUAUUGGAAGCCACCAUUGACAGCAGUACCCUUUGAUCAAUCAAAUUGAAAAGAAAAAUGGGCAUGUGGUUUUCAAAAACUAAUAUUAUGAUGCUAUUUACCUUUCUUUGUCAUUAGCUGUUUUCAAAUUCAAAUACUAUGAAUUUGUUGUUUCUUAUGAAUCUACUAUUGGUUUUACCCAUUUCAGACUUUUGUCAUUGACACUGCAGAGAAAUUGAUAGCAGAUGUUCUUUGAAGCUUUCUCUGUCGGAUGGAUGAAUUUAGGAGACAACAUUAAUAAUUUGAUUGUUACUGU